GGGGGCGCGGCCGUGGGGGCGCGGGUCGGCCCGGGGACAGGGGCGCGGGAAAGGCGGUCGGGCCGCGGUCAGUCCCUGAGGACGCGGGUCUGAGCCCCCGCCUUCCCCGAAUGGGGGUCCGAGACCGGGCCCGGGGAGGGAAGGGGAGGCGGCCCGGCGCGGGCGUCGUGGGUGCAGGCCCCGGCCCAGCCCCGGGAAGCCGGCUCGCGCUCGGGCCGUGGACGCCCUCCGUGCGGUGCGGAGCCGUGUGAGGGACUCGUCCGGGGCAGGGCGGGCGCAGUCGCUGCAGCAGCACCCAGGGGUGGUGGCAGGGCGGCGGGGGGCGGGACGGCCGCUCUUCAACAGAUUCCUGUCCUGUCCGCUCCCCCGCCCCCCAGCACUCACAGCCUUCCAGCUUCGGGCUCACCUUGGCUCCAGGACACCCACACUGAACCCCAGGGAGUGAGCUCCUUGGAGUUGAGAGGCCCGAGGCCAGAGAAGGGCGCGCCCAGGGACUUUGACAGUGAACUUUUAGAUCUCUCAGCUUCCUUUUACAGAAAGAAAAAGACCCUCCUUUCCCCAUUUCUUCCACCUCCCUGCCAGGAUUAGGCACCUGUCCUGGAGGGGACACACUUCCCUUGAGACCUCUACCUGUAGCUGCAGGUGAAAGGUGGGAAGGUGGAUGCAAAGCUCAGGUCCUGGAGCGGGAGCAAGCUUUCUGUCCUAGAAAGCAAUGGCUUUAAGAUAUCAGAGGGGACAUGUGGAGGAUUUGGUUCAGGCACUAGAGAAAGGCGGCAUGCUGAGUGAUACACUUUACAGUGGAGGCAAACCCAAAUACUCUCAGAAUGAGGAGCAAACGGGAUAAAGAAUUCAUUACCUGGGAGUAUUGGAGGACUCCCAGAAAGUGAAUGUGCAGAGUCUCCCUCUGAACCGCUGUGUGGCGUCUUUAACCCAGGCUGCUCCUCAUCACAGGUGUGUGGGAGCUCCUAGCCCAAGGAGCUUGGCUGCAGCAACGGUCCAGACCUGCCUCCUUCCCGGCUUUGCCUUCCCCUAAGAGGGCUCUUGAGAGAAGAAGGAAUGGCCGUCAGGCACCUGCCAACCAUGGUCCAGGAAUCGGUGACGUUCAGGGACGUGGCCGUGCUCUUCACGCAGGACGAAUGGGGGCAGCUGAACCCUGCUCAGAAGGCCCUGUACAGGGAUGUGAUGCUGGAGAACUACAGCAACCUGGUCUCUCUUGGCCUCUUGGGACCCAGACCAAAUGUGUUUUCCCAGUUGGGAGAAGGGGAAGAAUGUUUGCGGGAGGACGCCUCGGGGGGCUCCUGGCUUGACUGGGUGACUAUUCCUGUGAGCAGGAUGUUAACUCACAAGGCAGAUAUUCCUGAAGAAGAAUGGGAUCAGUGGACGAUAACGGAAAGAUUCACUGGAGAUGGUCACUGGAAAAGUGACAGCCUGUUAGAACAGCAGCAUGGAGGCCAGGAGAUGAAUUUGCAGCAAGCGGUCAUCACUCACCAGAAAACCCUGUCUGGGGUUAGUGACCAGGAAUGUGAUGAAUCUGGGAAAGGCUGCACCAAGAACUCAUCUUUUAUUCAGAGUCAGAGAGUUCAAUCUGGCAAAAAAGCUUUUGAGUGUAGUGAGUGUGGAAAAGUCUUCUCUAAAAGCUCAACCCUUAAUAAGCAUCAGAAAAUUCAUACUGAAACACCUAAUGCAAAUCUGAAAACUCAUAUUAAAGAGAAACGAUACGAAUGUAGAGAAUGUGGGAAAGCCUUUCACCAGAGUACACACCUUAUCCAUCACCAAAGAAUUCACACUGGUGAGAAACCCUAUGAAUGUAAGGAGUGUGGCAAAGCCUUUUCAGUGAGCUCCUCACUCACUUAUCAUCAGAAAAUUCAUACUGGAGAGAAGCCAUUUGAAUGCAACUUAUGUGGAAAAGCUUUUAUCCGAAGCAUACACCUUGCCCACCAUCAUAGAAUACAUACUGGUGAGAAACCUUUUAAGUGUAGUAUAUGUGAAAAGGCCUUUGUCUGCAGGGCACAUCUUACCAAACACCAAAAUAUUCAUAGUGGAGACAAGCCCUAUAAAUGUGAUGAAUGUGGGAAAGCUUUCAAUCAAAGCACAAGUUUUCUUCAGCAUCAGAGAAUUCACACUGGAGAGAAGCCCUUUGAAUGUAAUGAAUGUGGAAAGGCCUUCAGAGUGAACUCUUCCCUAACUGAACACCAGAGAAUUCAUACGGGAGAGAAGCCUUACAAAUGUGAUGAAUGUGGGAAAGCCUUCAGGGAUAAUUCGUCCUUUGCUCGACAUCGUAAAAUUCAUACUGGAGAGAAACCUUACAGGUGUGGUUUGUGUGAGAAAGCCUUUAGGGACCAGUCAGCCCUUGCCCAACAUCAGAGAAUUCAUACCGGGGAAAAACCUUAUACAUGUAAUAUAUGUGAGAAAGCCUUCAGUGACCAUUCAGCCCUUACCCAACAUAAGAGAAUUCAUACUAGAGAGAAACCUUACAAAUGUAAAAUCUGUGGGAAAGCCUUUAUUCGAAGCACACACCUCACUCAACAUCAGAGGAUUCACACAGGAGAAAAACCCUAUAAAUGUAAUAAAUGUGGGAAGGCUUUCAACCAGACUGCAAACCUCAUUCAACAUCAGAGACAUCAUAUUGGAGAAAAAUGAUAUAAGUGCAGUUUAUAUGAAAAGCUUUGAGACUGAGUAUUUUAAUUAUUGAAUAUAAAAGAAUUCAAGUGAUUUUAUUUACUGAGAAUCAAGUUCACAAAAUUGUGGUUUUGAGAAUUUAGAAUGGAAAACACUCCUCAUAGUUUAGUGUUGCCUCAGUUGAAUAACAGUGCUGUAUAAUUAGUCUGAACUGGCAAUUGUCAGAACCAAAAAGGAGUUUCAUGAACAGUAUAGAGAUUGGUUUAUUGAAAUUACAUUUGGCUAUUAAGAGAAAUUAUCAAAUUGUCAAAAAGUAAGAAAAUGACAUAUAAGUAUUUCACUCUGCUUCAUUCUCUUAAAUAAUUCCACCUUUAAUGGAAUCCUUAGUUCUCUCUUCACCCACACUCCUCACACCCAGUAUAAAAGUGCAGUCGCCCAUGCUUCAGUGCAGGAAUUACUUAAAUUAUACUCCCCACCCUCUACUUGAAACCGUCAUUUGUUAGAUCUCCCUAGUCUGAGUCCCAUUGGCUUUUCACCUGUAUCCUCCUUCUGGGAUAAUUUGUUGGAACAGUGUGUCCGUCUUUUGGUUUAUCAACUCCUAACUGAUACCAUGCUGUCUCUCAUCACUACCUCAUUUGCCCUGGGGAGUGUGGUGAUCUGACCCCAUACAGAGUCCAUGAUCCUGGAUUUUGUACCCAAACCACACUCAGAAUAUGACCCCUGUCUGGAGGCAGAAUUUGAUGAAACGUUUUGAGUUACACAGUUCCUGCGGGCCCCAGCUUGACUAAGCCUGUCUUGAUACCUAAAAUAGGGCUGAAUCUAUGUAGACAUGGCCCUCCAGUUGUCCUGCACUGUGGUCAGUCUUCACACAUCACUCAGAGGCACACUCACCUUCAGGUAUGAGGGUCCCAACCACCUGGUUGUGUUCUGGGCCACUCACACCUGGGACCUGCCAUUUCUCAAUGUGCAGUUGACAGAAGCGGUGAGAUCUUCAAGGCCAGUUCUCACAAUGCCCUGAUCCCCUCUAUUUCCCUUUAUGGGAUGGUCCUCUAUGUCCACUGUAUUAGAGUAUAUUUGCUAGUCCCAAAAUAAUCAAAUGACUGCAUCCUGGCCCUUGCCCUGCCCUUGUCCAGGUUUCUGAAGUUAUUAAACUAUUCAUUGGAAAAGCAGAGAACUUUGAAUUUCUACUUUUGCAUUUAACAGUGGUCAUUACCUAUCCAUCUGGGCAAUGCACAUCCCAUUCUGACGGUGGCGAACAACACAUUGAGUCAUUCCAUAGGGGAAGGUGUUACCGACAGCACCAGUGACAUUCCCAGGCAGGGGCCGUGUCCAUGUCCCAAAGUUUGAAUGAUUCUCUUGUCCUGCGGGUCCAGUUCCUUCACCAUCUUUAUUCCUCCAGUACUUCGAGUUAAAAUCACAAAGAGAAAAUACCAUCUGUAUGCCUUCACACCAGCCUCUGGUGGCACUCCCCUUCCCCACCACAGAGAAGCGGGGAGCCCAUCCUACUUCCAGCUGGAAUACACUACCCAGUGAAAAUGGAAAAGCAAGUCAACUCUUACUCUGGGAAGUGAAGUGGACAAGUUUCUGGCCUGUGGAAGUGCUGUGAAGUUGGGCAGCUGCUGAGUCCAACAACCAGUGGCUCCUACAAAUGCUGCACCUCAGCUCAAAGUCACAGAAGUCAGAUAUUCUGUAUCAUGGUGGAACUCAGUAGACUAGGUUGAAAUGUUGAUUGGAAGUUUCCAGCACCUUCAAUACCCAUAUUUCCUAAAUUUAGCUGCAUCUGAUGAAGACCCCCUGUGUGGACAGACAUCUCCUUUUGCAUGGUCAGCAGUUCUUACUUUCUCCCCUACUAAGCUGCGUGUGAGGCAGCAUUUCAAGAGGUUCUGUGGGGCUCUCUGCCCUGUGUCCACACGUUCAUCUGCAGUCUCACUCUGCUGGCAACCCCAGACUCCAAAAUGAACUUGAAAAACCAUGCUCACUGCUGCAGCCAUUUGCCUUCAGUACUGUCCAUAUGCCCUGCCAGGCCUUACCUACCACUGCCUUACCUUGAAUUCCAGACAAACACAUUUCUAAUCCGAGUUUUUUUGUCGUUCGUUUUGUUUUUAGUGAAAGCAUGAGAGGUCUGUGCCUGCAGUUGUGCUGGCCCCCUGGGGCUAAGACCUGCUAGUUUAAAAAGCUCAUCCAUUCCAGUGAUGGUCCCAUACGCUGUGGCUCUGAAAGAAUCAUUGUAGGUUGAACGCCCUCCAUCUGAGAUUACAGUCUUUCACUGAGUUCAUCUGUCUUUAUGACCCCUGGGGUGCCUAUUUACUCAUCCCUGUCUGGGGAGGCAAAAAAGUAAAUAAGUGACCUAUUAGCUGUAUCUGGGUCAACCUGAAUAUAUUUAUGGUGAUACUGCUGGCCUAAGCAGUGGCUUUAUUAUAUUUUAUCAUAAUUAACAGUUUAUUGUAUGACCUCAACUAAGGGAGUCAUUGUUUGCUGAGGUGAUGCUCUUCUGUACUUUUCUGAUUGGAAGUUCUGGGACCACCUCCACAAUCCAACCUACUUCAGCAUCACCUUUUGCUCGACCCCUGAAAGUGCAUUUCUGAGAACACUGAGAUAGAGAUCUCAGCCAUGAUCUCAUCCAGAUGAUGUGCAUGGCAUUGGACAAGACUUCUACAAUUGAGAUUUUUCUGCACUACCACCACUACCCCUUCAGCCAAGUUAAUCCCAAGAUAUCCAGUGAUUGUUUGGGAAAGCAAUACAUUCCAUACCUUGCUUUUCUAGUCUAUUGAUUGGCCACACAGAAAUUCUCUAUGACAGAAGCUGAAGGACCACCAUUUGGGACCCUUCAGGGUUACAGAGUUUAUGAGUUUGCAAUGUUCCAUCUUAAAGCAGCGUGCUUUCCACACAAUGGACCCACCCUCCACUACUACUACUUCCUCUGCAUUGUUCACAAAGGCUGUGUAACCAGCACACAUGACCAUGCCACCUCAGGAUGACGAGUCUGUGCAUUGGGCUUUUAUGUGACAGGUCUCCCAAGUCCCUUGUCUGGACUUCAGAAAAAGAUAUAAACCAGAGAAGCAGACUUUGGAAUCCCUUCUCAUGUCAGUUCAUUCCUAGCGCACUUUCCUAGUGUAGUUUCAGUGCCUCUUCAAAGGAAGUCCAAAGACAUGAAGAAUUUAACAAAGGUUAGAUGCUAAUCUCAGAGUGGAACUGGCACUUCCUAAGGGUCUGCCCACUGUUACUUGUAUUUUCAUUUUUUUGUCAUUCCUCUCUCACCACAACUCUGUUCCUCCCCAACCAAUCCAUGAGGAAAUCUUGACUCUACCUUCAUAAUUUUUAUCCGUUCAUACCACUUCUCAUUAACUCCCCUGAUAUCACAGUGGUGCAAGC